UGUUGUGUGGAAAAGUUGUUGCAACAAGUUUAACCUUUUUUUCCGGUUCGGCAGGGCGACUUCCUUAACCUUGCUUGCCGCUUCCGGUUUCCCGACCAGCGAGCCAACAUUGACUUAUUCGCCGUACAAAUUGAACGAACAGAAGCAGUGAGAGAAAAUGUUGAUUAUUUUUAAUAUUUAACAAAGAUUUUUAUACUCCUGUUAAGGGAAAACUGAGAUGAUUACCAGAUUAGGUUAAAAGUUUCUUCUUUUAAUUUUUCCAACAUUUAUUCCCUAUAAAUGGGGGGGGUUUUCUCUCUCUGCCUAUCGAUGCCAAAAGCUAGCCUUACUUUGCCUAAUAGUUUAGCAAUUCCUUUAAGUACUUUUGCGCUCUGUGCCACCGAAGGAUCCACUUGAGUGGAUCAAGAAGAAGCAAGGAGGAGCAGCUGGCUCACUACCUGUUGACACACUCAACCAGCCAACGUUUACCCUGCGAAUCCCCCAAAGGCAAUGCCAGUUAACCGCGGCAAUCUCUCGAAAAUGCAUUGCUCAAAUUGCAUUACAAUUUAACGAUGGCUUUUCCUUGAUUUCCCAUUUCCCCUUCCCACUCACCCUCUUCGAUAAUUCAUAAAUGCCAUUAGAUUAAUCUCUUCCGAUCGAAAUAUCCGCUGCUUAUUUUCACUGAAGGGAAAAGUUUUGCGGGAUUUUCUUUAAGAGUAAAGAGAAAGAGGCUGGUAUGGUGGGUUAACUUUAGGGAUUUUACUAGUAUUUAGUUCCAUGUCUCAAGUAAGUUUCCUUCUUUAGUAAAAUCUUGUCUAAAAGCAGCUUUCUAUCAAACAAAAAUCCUGACAAACAAAGCCUCUUCUCAUACUCGCUAGUUAAUAUAUAGUUUAAAGGACCUCUCCCCAUAAAAAUGUUUAAUUUAUGGCUCCUGCCUGAUAUAACCUUAAUCAAUGUGGUACUAAAACAUCCAGUUAGAGCCCAUAAAUAAUGCCAGACAUUCGCUAGUCAAGUCCAAGUCCAAGUCCGCGUCCAAGUCCAAAGAGCCAAAUUACCCAUAAAUAAAAUGGGAAAGACGUAGCUUGGAAAAUCUGCCCAGCUGGAUGGUUCGUUCAACAACUCAACUUGAGUUGAAGAAUGUUUUGAAAUAUUUUGGCAUCUAACGGUGUUUUAAAGAGCCCGCAACGAUAUGCAAAUGGUUAAGGGGAAAACCAGGUGAAAAAUGUACAAAAAAAAUAAGAGAAAAAUCGCAUGCCUAUGCAUCGUUCCAUUCUGUUUUAUGGUUCAUAAACUUUCGCUCCUUUGGUGAGUGCUUUUUGCCCUUUUUUUUAUGGGGCACGUUGAAUAAAAAACUGAUUUGUUUUGCUCUCCCGAAAAGCAAAAACUCCCCAUCCCGUAUAACCUUUAACCUCUCCAACCAACCCCCUUUAACCUUUGAUGUUGCCGGCUGUUUUGGCUGAUUUCAGCCAUUUGUUGCCACCAAAAUGUGGCUCAGUUUGGGGAAGGCUAACAUAUGGCACUCACUUUGGCAUAAUCAACAUCAUCAUCAUCAUCAACAGCAGGAGUAGCAGCAGUGCUGCUACCAGAAGUAGCAGUCACAGAGACAGCAUCAACAUCAUCAUUAUACUGACGAGUUGUUAAUGAUGAACAUAAUGACGACACGGAGCGCUUUGGGCCAACAAAGUUGUUAACAUAAAAUGGCUCGCUGCACACAUGUACACCCACAAUUUGCUCAGAUUUCCCAAGUAUUUAUGUGUACACACACACACUCAGAUACUCGUAUGUAUAUGUUUAACCACUUUCACCUUUUAUAGUCCACAUCUGUCAUUGCAGUCGGUUUCACCGGUGAAAAAUGUGAAGGGCAUGAAAAAUAAAACCAAGUCCAAAACCAAAAGCACAGCACGUGGAGGAAAAUUGUGUACAUUUUUCGCAAACACAUGAAGUUUAAGCCGAUUAAAUGGGAAAUUUAGUUAGAAGUUUGGGAAAGUCUUUAAAAUUAAGAGUCUGAAAAGUAUCCUAGAAAAGGAAAGAAAGUUAAGAUCAACGGACAGAUGAAAGGAAAAGCCUUAAACGACCGAUCCUAUUCAAGAAUUUAUAUACUUUAUAGAUCAGAAAUGCUUUCCUCUACGUGAUAUAAAACUUUCUGGUUAACAAACUUUCUUAAAUAUAAAAAUCCAAAUAGGAAAUCCAACCCUUAGUAAUGCCUUUAAAACCCUUUAAAAACCCAAAAAAAAUUUCUAUAGAUUUCCAUCCAAAGUUCAUUCAAUCAAUCAAAUCAAAAUUCUCAACUAAUUUUCUUUCUCUGCAUCAAUUUCCCGGCCAACAACUUGCAGUCAAAAAAAAAUAUAAAAAAAAAAAAAGAAGGAAAAUAAAAUGUGAAAAUUUCAUUAGAUUUUGCAUUUGAAGAAGGUAACAACCAGUGGAUGAGAGCCAAAAAAAAAAGAAAUGAAUAAAAAAUAUAAAUACGGCCAAGAGAGAUUGAGGGGUUGUUUCGCCUCAAACUUUUCUUUUUUUUUUUCCCCCCUCCCCAACUGGCUGGGGUGUAUUCUGGGUAAACUUUUCAUGUUUUUCCAUUGGGUUUCGGGUAUUUCCAUGCCGGCCGCGGGCGAUGGAUGAUUCUGAUUUCUGAUUUUGAGCCCAUGUUGCUGUGGGUAACUUUCGGCAUACGCCGUCAACCGGUCGUAUGAGCAAUGUAAACAACUUUCCCUCCCUCUAUUUCGACUUUUCCCUACCAACUGGCUUUUCCAUGAUGAGAAGCAGGCGUUUCCCUAGCUGUUUUUUUUGGUUAGUAUCCCAAAACGGAUAUAGACACAGUUUAUUUCCAAAUCUACAUCCAAAUAAAAGAGUUUUUUGUUAGAAAAAUAACAAGAAAAAUUAUAGUAAUGCCAGCUCUAGUGAUUUCCUUCUUUAACAGAUUUUGCCCCUCAAAGAGACUGCGUCAUUUGCUGGUGAAGCGCCGAAAAUACUUGAGGAAGUUCAUCCAGAUAGAGUGUCUAGCUCAUGGUGGAAAACCCAUUAGCCAGACUAAGAGAAAUCUCCUCACAAAACAUGUGAUUGGCUUCCUUGAGUUGAAUUUCAAGAGAGAUCUGCCAACGAAAACCAUAGAGAUCACGGCCACUCUACCAAAUCCUCAACUGCCCCCUAAAAGGGAUGUGGAAUACGAGUAUGAGAAUCUCUUCGAGGUAUUCGUGUGCAACAGCCAUGGAAAUUUGCUGACCAAAAUUCCCUUCAUGGAGAGUGACUAUCGACGUGCAACCCGUAAGGCCAUCAAGGCGGUGCGCUUUAUGGAUUCCUGAUUUCUGAGAAGUAGGUGGAUGGAACAUUUUUGCCUACUUACAUCCAAACAUGUCAGAAUUCAUUUGCCAUUUUCCAAGCAAGGAGGAAACAGGACGCCCAAAUAUCGAUUACCUGCUACAUCUACAUUUUCACUUUUCCUGGUCUCUUUAAUUGGUAGCUGAAGUUAAUUAAGUUGAAGCUGUAAACUGAUACUUUGGCUUCACUAAAUUUAUUGUUAAUUCAUUAAAAUUUAUACAAGGAAAAUCUCUGUAUUUUCCAAGCUUA